UAUUGAUAGGCAUUGUAAUUGGGACAUGAAUAGUUUAUUAAAGCAUUUGAUAGUUUUAAUUUUAAAAUAAUUUUGAGUUGCAAACAAGUAAAGAACGGAGGAAACAUUGCAAAUUCAAAUUAGAUAAUUCCUCAGUUAGGGCCUCUGAUUUUGCUCUGUUGGUAUUUUUUGUGGUAAACAUGUACGGUAAUAAAAGUGUUCCUCAGAAAAUACUCAGAUGUCAUAAAAUAUGUAAGUAUUCCAAUUGUUUAAUGAGAUUUAGAUAGUUCUACAAUUCCCUUAUGUGAUAAACUGUUUUGUAGGUAGGCGUCUUUUUGAUGUUUUCAUAAAGGUCAGGCUUGUGUAAAGAUAAUUCCAUAUACUGUAUGUGUAUAAACUGUUUCAACAGGUUUCUAAUAUCAGAAAUUUUGGGAGGCUUCUUUGAAAACAGCUUCUGUCAGAAGAAUGGCGUCGUCUUCUCUACAAAUUUAUGCAUUGCUGCUGGCUUUAGCAGGAUUCACCAUUUUACUUGUUACUACCAUGUCCAACAGAUGGAAGAUUUCGGACACUGCAACAGUGCUAGUUACUGCAGACUGGAUUUCUGAAGGUCUUUGGAUGGACUGUGCAGUGACUGCUUUUGGAUCAAUACAGUGCAAGAAAUUUCUCUACAUGUUGAGUUCAGAGACUCAUAUUCAGGCAUGCCGUGCCUUGAUGAUUGCUUCCAUCCUUUUGGGAUUCAUAGCUACUGUACUCUCGCUGCUUGGUUUGAAGUGCACAAAAGUUGGGUUGAGCGAUGAAGAUGGAAAAAUGAAGUUUGCUGUCACGGGAGGAUUUCUUUUUAUUUUAGGAGGUCUCUGCUCCAUGGUGGCUGUUUCUUGGUAUGCUGCGAUGGUUACUGCUCAAUUUUUUGACCCAUUGUACGCUGGAACCAAGUAUGAACUAGGAGAUGCUCUGUACUUAGGCUGGGCUGGAUCUGUUCUUUAUAUGCUUGGUGGGAUCUUACUGACCUGUUCAUGCAAAGGGAAGAAAAAACAGGAUUACAGUUGCAACAAAUAUGCAUAUUCAGCAGGCCAGGCAGCUCAUCAGCAGCACAUUUACACCAAAAAUGCUGAGACAGUCAUAAGCAACAAAGAGUAUGUCUAAACUUACCUUUUACAUCACUUGUAAUGUUAGUAGGUUAUGAACUCAAAUAAAGAAGUCAACUGCUUCCAGGGUUCCAAUUCCAAGUUGCAAUCUUUCGUCUUAAUUUGGAGCAGUGCAAGGAGGAGGUAUGGUUUUUAAUGUAAAUAGGAAUGGUUUUCUGGGAAUGGUUUUCAAGUGUAAAUGCUGUGAUGUGAAAUCCUGUGCCAUGAAGGUUUUCUGCAUGCUGAGAAGCCUGGUAAAAUUUAACCACAGAGUGUGGUCUGUUCUGACAAUCAAGAGCAACUGUUUCUAUUUCAGCUGACUCAAAAAUGCGGAACUGAUAUGCUAUAGCUGACUGCAAGUUAAUACGCCUCACAGUUAGAAAUGUAUUGUGUUUUCAUUAAUGUUUAGCUUCCUACUUUUGUUUAGCAACUUUAGCUUUUGACAGGAAAUAAACUUUAUUCCACAGACUGACUGAAACAGAUUUUUUUGAUGAGUGGUGUCCUGGCCAUUAAUAAGCAUAUAGUCUAUAUACUGUGGGCUUGAAGUCUCAUACUGAAACUCAUAUUAUGUAUGAUAGACAAGAUUUAUAAAAGCUACAAAAAAUUCCCUAACAACCACUCACCUCCAAAUUUGCAGAUGUGCCACAAAUUUCUUGUUGGUUGUAAUGCAAACACCAAAGAUAAAUGAUACAGAAUGAACCAAACACAGCUGGGAGCAGAGAAGGCAUCUGGUGCAAAAAUGCCUUGUGAUAACUAAGAAAAUGAUAGCCCCAAUUUUUUAUUUUUAUUUCUAUGUUUUCAGCUUUUAAAAUAAUCCUAUUUUAACUUUGAGCAAUCUUUAACUUUGGGAACUUCUACUGCAUCUGAAUUGUUUAAUUCAUGUAAUUCCCCAGCGGCUUUAUUCUCCAUCAUUGUUCCAUCGUUAGAAUUUCUGCUUUAAACUACUCCACUGCUGGCAGCAUAUGUUUGCCUUGUGUAAGCACUUAGACAAAUGACGAUGAGCUAACUUUACUUUGUAUUGAUGCUUUGAGCAAUGUGGAAUGGAAUUUCACACUGCAGGUUCACAGGUUUCAUAACUUGUCCCUUUUAAAUUAGUAUUAAUACAGUUCAACAAAAGCCUUGGUGUUUACCUUUAAUGUCUGAUGAUAAACAUAGUUGUAGUCUGAUUUAGAAGUUUCAUGCAGCCUCCUUGAUAUCCCAAUAGAUAAUUUCACAGGGCAACCUGCAAGCAGUCUUAGCAGAAAUGAUUUAGCCAUGUUGCUUGCAAGCAGAUACAGCUGACUUGUAAACUGACAUAUUAAAGCAUGAAUUGGGCACUGAUAGGUCUUGUUAGGCUUAAUAAGUAAAGCUAAAAGGAGUUAGGAUUACUUUUAGAUUGCCAGUGUCAUCUUCUUCCCUCCACUAUCAACUGUUGUUUUUAAAAUCAUUCCUUUGGUAUUUUGGAGAAUAAUUUCAAAAGCUGAAACGCACUUAACUUGCAUGGUGGCAGCUGAACUCCUUACCAUCAUCUGUAUAUUCCGUCCUCUGGAUUUUUAGGUAAUUUUGUGAUGGUAUUUUGGUCUAGUUGAAUGUAAGGCAAAUGCAGAACUCACUCGGGCAGAGACCAAGCAGUUCCAGUGUUGGUUUCCCACCAAAGGUUGUAUCAUCUCAUGAACAUGAAUUGUGAGCCAGUAGGUGAGAUGAUAGAAAUUAAGAACUUCCCUGGUCUGGCAUCAGGUCUUCUUGCGAUGUCACUGGGAAGUUUAAUUAAAAACCAAAAUCCCUAUGUAGUAACUCAUUCAUUCGUUCAAUACAUUGUUAUCAUAUUCAGUGUCAUUCAGAGGAAAAUAAAUGCUGAAGAUACCA